AUGGCCUGCCCACGACUUUUUCUCUACGGCAGCCCAAAAACUACAAACCCCCAGUCCCUCGUUGGCUCGCCAAUUUCCCAGAUGGUAUCGAUAGAGUUUUCACCGCAUAUGUUGGCGUACAACAGCGUGCGGGGAACAAUACAGAUAGUCGAACGGAUCCAACGAUGGCUUGUGGACCCCCAAUAUGCUCCCAAAUCAGUGGAAAAUUUUCAUGUACUCGACGGCGAUGACAUUCCAAAUUCGACAGUAUUUGUUUGCUACUGGGAUAAUAAUGAGAGAUACGAGGAGAGCAUGAGGGGUUUAAACCUCGCAAAGCUUCAUCAAGCACUUCGCCCUGAGGAUCGACAAAGAGUUGGGCUUUGGUGUGAGAGGUUUACGACUCAAGUUUCGCGUCUGGAGACGAACUACUCGGGUCUAGAUUAUCUGCCGGGCCUUGCCCGGCUCCCUGGGACCAAUAUCGUUGAGCAUACGCGCUCAGCCUACUGGGGCGCAGCGCGAGAUCGAAUUCCGGCUUCAGCUCACGACAUAUUCGAGUUCGACAAGUCUUCAGCUAUACCAUUCGAUUCAAUCUCUGAGACGGACAGCCCGCAUUUGGUCAGCACAAAUUACGAUAAUCUGGUUCACAUCCGCUCAGGCCAAUUUUGGGCGAACUGCGGCGAUGAAGAGACCAAGUCAUACGAGGAGAACCUGGAACCGACGCUACGAGAAGGUCUCAUGUACUUAUGGCAAAAUCCAGUUGAGAGUGGCUCAAUGGGCCUAAGAUACUUGAGGAACACCGUGCAUGGCUCGUCUCAGCACGAGACAAAUUCUAGGGAGACCUGUGUGACUGGGUUCUUCAGAAAUCUCUCUGAUCUGGAAGGGUGGGCCAAGCGACACCCAUCCCAUCUGGCAAUUUACACUGGCGCUAUCAAACAUGCCAAAAAGUUUGGCGAAGAUCGGAAAUUCCGAACCUGGCAUGAAGUCUCCGUAUUGAAACGUGGUGAAGCGCAUUUUGAAUAUUUGAACUGCCUUCCGACAACAGGGGUGUUGGGGAAGGAAAUACUCAACCCAUAG